AUGGCUGGCGAAGAGGACAUCGGCUCCCAGAACUCGGCCGAGGUACGUUCCAGUUUCACGCCUCUGGUCACCGUCAUCGGCUUUCAUCAUGCCCGUGGCCCCGAGGUCGAGAGUUGGUUCGGCGCCGACGAUGGCGUCGACCCGGCCGUUGCGUAUGACUGGGGUCUCCUUCCCUUCAUGGCUCUGAGCGAUGGAGCCCACGCUUCCGAGGAGGACUUCUCCUACUUUACCCUGCUGCGGCCAAGGACGGAGUCGUUGCCCGCCACUUCCCUCUUCGGCAUUUCAUGCACUCGGCAGCUCCACGCCUCGCAGCUCAUCAACCGACCGGCCGACGUCACCCGCUCGACCGUCCAGAAGGCUGUCGUUGUCAUCGCCGACAGCCCUCAUCUCUUUGGCAUGCUCCGCGAGCGACUCAGCAUUGUCACGCAAGCUUGGUUUGCCCAGCGUGAUUUCGCCGAUGCGGAAAUCUUGCGGCGGUUUCAGGAGAGUCUGGCCGAAGAAAAGGAGCGAGGCGUCACGAGCAAGGAGAUCGAUCGUGGUGAAUACCUCGGCAUGAGUCUGCGCGAACUCAUCCACGAGUUCAAGUGGCAAACCCUCGUCCUGCUCAAGUGCUGCCUCCUUCAGCCCAAGAUGCUGUUUUUCGGCUCCCGAUGUGACCGGCUUUGCAUGGUCCAAUUCUCUCUCAUUUCCUUGAUUCCAGGCCUCUUGCACAACCUGCAGGACUGCGCCGACCCCGAGCUGGCGAAUUACGAAAAGACGCUCGUUCGGGCGACGAGCCUGCAGAGCAGCAACCGCAGCUCUCUCUUGUCCUUCAUGGGACUCCCUCUGCAGAUCUUUGGCAAGGGUAGCUUUUUCGGCCCCUACACUCCCCUGCAGCAGCUCGACAUAUUGGCCGACCAUGGCACCAAGUCGUACCUCGUUGGCAGCACAAACUGCCUCUUGCUGCAGCAAAAGAACCGGUACUGCGACGUACUCAUCAACCUAGACGAGGACACGGUCAACGUCAUCUCGCCGUCACUGAAAUCGGCGUUGACGUUGACCGCCGCCGACCGAAGAUGGAUAGACUACCUGACGCAAGAGAUCAACGAGACAUGGGACGAGGCGAACCCCAGCAGGCCCAGCACGAUGAAGUACGUCGGAAGCGAAGAGUUCAUUCGAUCCCAGUUCGAGUCGUACAUCUUGGGCUUGAUAUCCGCAGUCAAGUUCCACAACUUCCUCGCCGCCAACCCGGAAGACGCCAAGGGACUCGGAGCCAACGACGACCCAGCCACGGAUUUCGGCUUGGACUGGGUAAACGCCUGGAUUCGCACCGAAAACUACCGCAUUUGGAACGACGUCACCGAUUCGAACCUGUUUGCCGUCUCGGAGCCGAAGCACCCCUGCGCUGGUGGCCUUACCGUCGAUGACGUCCAACGACGCAUUGCCGAGCAGGUCAAGGAUCUUCAUCUCGAUGAGCGCUUCGCCCAAGGCCGCGAAAUUCUGGGGCGCAACAUUGCAGUCGGCCGCGAGAAAGCUUCCACCAUGUUCAACAAGCUGUACUCGGACAUGGAAUACUUGCGCGAGUCUCAGCGACGCAGAGGCGAUGAUGUCAAGACCGAAAACGUCAAGUCCCUUGACGAGAAACAACAGGCGGCCCAGUCGAUGGGCUCAAGGGCAACCGCUUACAUGUCUAGCUGGGCCAGCUGGGCAGGCGAGAAACGCAAGACGGGCGGCUGGGGCCAGGGCUGGGGCAAGAAGCCAUCGCCUAAGCCAAGCCAGACUACUUUCACGGCCAGCAGUCCCGUCGGAAAGGGUAAGCAGGUAGGCAGCUCGCCGCGACAGGAAAAGGUCACAUCGACGGACUACUCCCCCAAACGACCGCCAACGCAAGCGAGCUUUAGCGAGAGCAUCCUCUCGGAAGCGAGAAAAUCGCACGACGCUCCUAAACGGCCGCCGACGCAGGCGAGCUUUAGCGAGAGCAUCCUCUCGGAAUCGAGCGAAUUACACGAUGCUCCUAAACAGUCUCCGGCGCAGGCGGCCUUUAGCGAGGUCCUCCUCUCGGAAGGGAACGAAUCGCACGAAGCCCCUCCGUCCCCGAAGACAGCGCGGGAGACUCAAACGACGGGUGCCGCCAAAGCAAAGGACACGGACACACCGGCGGGGAACGCAAAAUCUCUAGCUGUUGCCGGGAAGAACGAUGGGUUUCAAAGUCAGGAGGUUGUCGGCACCUCGACCGUGCAUCACGACAUCACGGUGGACGCUACGAAUGAGGAUACCGCGAAGAGGGACAUUGCGAAAGAGAAUUCCACGAAGCCGGACUCCAAAGUUGAGGAUGACGUGACGAGGGACACCACGACAUCGGAUUCCACGAUGGGGAAGACUACGGGCGAGGUUUCCACGAUAGGGGGUACCACCAACGACGAGGAUGCCAUGAUGGAGGACUCGGCAAAGGUGGAUGUCACGAAGCAGGAUGCCACGAAGGACGCCACGAAGCAGAAUUUCACGAAGGAUGUCACGAAGGAGGAUGUCACGAAGGAGAAUGUCACGAAGGAGGAUGUCACGAAGGAGAAUGUCACGAAGCAGGAUGUCACAAAGGAGGAUGCCACGAAAGAGGAUGUCAUGAAGCAGGAUGUCACGAAGGAGGACUCCAAGAAUGAGGACUCGACGAAGGGGGACUCUUUGAAGGAGAUCUCUUUGAAGGAGGACUCAAUCAAGGAGCAAUCUUUGGAAGAGGACUCAAUCAAGGAGAAAUCUAUAAAGAUGGACACUAUAGAGGAGAGCUCUAUGAAAGAGGACUCCGUGAAGGAGGACUCUGUAAAGGAGGACUCUAUAAAGGAGGACUCUGUAAAGGAGGACUCCGCGAAGGAGGACUCUGUAACGGAGAACUCUAUAAAGGAGGACUCCAAAAAAGAGAAUUCCGUGAACGAAUCCUCUUUAAAGGGGGACUCUAUGAAGGACUCCAUGAAGGAAGACUCUCCGGAGGACGACUCUAUGGAGGAAGACUCCAUGGAGAAGGACCCCACGAAGGGGAACACGGCGAAUGAGGAUCCUACCAAGGAGGAAUCUACGAACGAGGAUGUCAUAAAGGCAGAUUCCACAGACGAGGACGCCACCAAAGACGUCGUGAAGGAGGACACAGCGAACAACGAUGCCUCGAAAGGUGGGGACGCUCAAGAGAAGGAAACGCAUGGAUGA